UCUGCAACUCUUUGUUGGUUCGUGUCAUGCAUGUUGGUCGUCAGUUCUGUAGCACAGCAUCGGACGAGAAAAGAGAAAACAAUGCAGGUUUUAAAGCUCGGAUCAUGUGCGUACCACAUGCGGCAUUUAAGUUCCCAAUUGACAGACAAACAAACACUUCACGAUAGUUUUGGGGUCUUUUGGUAAUUUGAGAGCAAAGAUCUACAAUGACGACUAUUGAAGCGCAUCCCGUCGUAGACGCUGACGAUAACCACUCUGACGCGGACUCGUCACUUGGUGCGGAUAAUGCAUCCUCCACGGACAGCUUGAGAAGCUCAAUUCUUGACUUCCGUCAAGAAAAUGGAAGAACAUACCAUGCUUUCCGAGACGGCAAGUACAAUCUCCCAAACGAUGACGAGGAGAACGAAAGAUUAGAUCUGCAACAUAACUUGUUCUUGCUCACUCUUGAUAACAAGCUCGGUCUAAGCCCUCCUAACCAUCCCGACUCCAAAGUUAAGCGCGUCCUCGACGUUGGCACUGGAACCGGUAUCUGGGCGAUUGACUUUGGCGACGAACAUCCCGAGGCAACUGUCAUUGGCGUUGACCUCUCGCCGAGCCAGCCGAACUUUGUGCCACCAAAUGUUCGCUUCGAGAUUGAUGAUAUCGACGAGGAAUGGACUUACAGCGAGCCGUUCGACUUUAUUCACAGCAGAUUUAUGAACUUUGGCAUUCAGAAUUGGAAGUCGUACUUGACCAAGAUCUACCAGAACUUGGCUCCAGGUGGUUAUGUUGAACUGCAAGAUGUCGAUGUCAUAAUGGGCAGCGACGAUGGCACCCUCAAGGAAGACCAUACCAUGUACAAAUGGUGCCGCCUUCUCGACGAAGCAGCCGGAAAGUUCAACCGCUCUUUCGAACGCACCUCCAACUUCAAGGAUAUGCUGAAAGAGGUCGGAUUCGUGGAUGUUGUUGAGACGCGCUACAAGUGGCCUACCAACCAUUGGCCCAAGGACAAGAAGUACAAGGAGUUAGGCCAGUGGAACAACGUCAAUGCAGCCUCUGCUCUGGAGGCGCUGACUAUGGCGCCUUUCACGAGAGGACUGGGCUGGAGCCGUGAGGAGGUAGAGGUGUUAUUGAUGGAGCUGAGACAGGACUGGAAUAACCCCAAGAUCCAUGCUUAUUGGCCCAUUUGCGUUACUUAUGCUAAGAAGCCCGAAGCGUAGUAUUGGUGGCAAUAUUCAUCUUCAGUGGGGUUCAGAUGGAAUUAUGAACAUUUUACUCACUAUGAGAACAGAGCUGGCAAUAGAAUUGAUCCCAACAAUUGUGCAUUGUGCUUGAUAAGCUUUGAGACAUCUCUGUUUUACACUUUCUUUGAAUUGAGUUCGUGGCGAAGUGCCCACCACCUUGUUUGGGCCUUUGGGCCAGCGGCGUGUUCGUUUUCGGCCUUGUCCUCGCAGUGACGCGUGCAUGCAAUAACCGACAAAAACCACCCAAAAUCUGGACUUUUUCGCGAAUCAAUAACACAAACACAGUAUUACGCGUUUGCGUAUAUAUAUAUCUCAGUACUCUUUUGACAUGUCUCACGCGUGAUCCAUCGGUAACCCAUGUGUCAUAUGCUCUCAAUCGGACGAUUGCUGCCCAACGAACUUAGGACAACGUGGCCGAGUGGUUAAGGCGAUGCCCUGCUAUCUCCUCCGAG